AUGAAGAGCAAAACAAAACGUGCGCGGGAAAAUCGUCAGACCGCCAAUAUGGCCGUGUCGGAAAUUUCUAGAAUUUUAACGUUUUUAACUAUCGUGUCAUUCAUAUACAUCGUUUACUCAUUUAAGCCGCUCACUAAAGAUGAACAUAUCGAGAGAUAUAAUAAAAUGAACGAAGACAUUGAACCGUUUAGAAAAAAUUUGACAGAAUGCGCUCGUCAAGUCAAAGCUUCCAUGGCGGACGUCGAGAAGUUUCUUAAACGAAUACCACAGUCGAAUAUGGAGGGGAAAUGUUUCGUGGCUUGCAUUCUCAAACGGAAUUCGCUUAUAAAAAACAAUAAAUUGAGCCAGGAGAAUCUUCUUGAAGUAAACAGGGCUGUGUACGGUGACGACAGCGAAGUUAUGUCCCGCCUCAAGACAGCCAUUUUAGAAUGUUCAAAAAUCGUUGAAGAUAUAUUUGAAAUUUGCGAAUACGCUUCAGUUUUCAACGAUUGCAUGCAUAUGAAAAUGGAACAUAUACUCGAUAAAAUAACUAUGGAAAGAAGGAUGGAGGCUUUAGGGCAGAUGUCUUCAAAUCCCGAUGAAUGGAGCGAGGAAGAAGAUGAAAUGUUAAAACUUGUUAAAGAUGAACUAUAA